CUAGUGGCAUUCUGGCUCUUGACAAGGACAGGGAGCCCAUCACCUUAGUACUGGCAGAAGAUGGCACCAUCGUGGAUGAUGAAGAUUACUUUUUGUGUUUGCCACCUGAUACCAAGUUUGUGGCACUGGCCAAUAAUGAGAAAUGGUCCAGCAGCAGCUCAGACAGUGGAAGAACCUGGCUCUCCGAGUCUGUGGACGAAGUGGACAGUGGUGUAGAGAAGUGGAAGCAGCUGGCUAGGCAGCUGAAGGAUGACCUGUCCAAUAUCAUUUUGAUGUCUGAAGAAGACCUCCAGGUGCUUAUUGAUGUACCACGUUCAGACCUGGCAGAAGAACUUGCCCAAAGUCAAACCAAAAUCCAAGUGUUGCAGGACACCCUGCAGCAAGUGCUGGACAGACGAGAAGAAGAACGCCAGUCAAGACAGCUCCUGGAACUCUACCUAAAGGCCUUGAAAAGUGAAGACAGUAUCUUAAGCAAAGUAGCAGAACCUGAGGCUGUACCAAUAAAGGAGAUGGAUGUGGUUGACACGGGUACCAGCAGUACCAGCACCUCAGCCAAAACAGCGCUCAGUGACCAGAUCCUUGCUGCUCUGAAAGAGAAACCUGCUCCAGAGCUCUGCUUGGACAGUCAAGAUCUUGAGCUGGUCUUGAAAGAAGACACACAAGCCCUGGCCUCGGCUCUGAGAUGGGACAAGCAGAAAGCUGAAGCUCUGCAGCGAGCCUGUGAUCAGGAGCUCUCCAAGCGUCUACAGCAAGUGCAGACUUUGCAUUCCCUAAGGAGCACAUCAAAGGGCAAGAAAACACUACCCUUGGGAGACUGGGUUAGUUCAAAACGUAAAAAAUAG